AUGGCGGCAGUGGAGGUUUUAAUUUCUGUACAUGGAAGUCAUAAGCGGUGGACAAGCGGCUACGAGGGGAUUGAUAAUCUCGCUUUACGCCGACUACUAGUGGAGAUCAAUUUCGCCGCAAGAUCUAUCGAGUUUGAACUUUCGGCGCGAGAGAUUGAACCAAGCACGGGGAGUACCACCAAUGGCACCUCGGAGGGCACACUGGUCAAGCCAUCUUAUCUUAAAUCUCAAAGGGCAAAAGAAACAAUCAUACGUCGUGGAAACGAACUAAGGGGAAUUUAUGAGAAAUUCCAGAACACUGCUAAUAAGAUCAAGAAAAAUGGACUGUCUGAUUUCGCCGUUGUUCCUGGGUCCCAAAGAGCACAGCUGUUCGUUACGAUUCUCCACGAUGUGAUGGAAAAUGCUGUCAUCCCAAGCCAUGAUAACUGGUCUUCGAAUACGCAUAUAUCUCUCAACGCCAAUUUCGAAAGCUUGGCGUCCAUGCAGCUGCGAAAAUUGUCCAGCACGUGGUACAAAACCGAAGCACGCUAUUUUGCGCGCCCCUUGGAAAGCAAUUUCGCGACCUUUCGUCUGAUCUUGAUCGAUGUCAAAAAAAGCGAAAAAGAGCCGACUCCAAUCUCUGAUAAAGAGCAACGAGGCUUUUUCUCGAGUUAUACGCAAGCUGAAUCACAUGAGACUACAAUGGUAGAGGACGAUAAUGGCUUGGAAGAAAACAAUCACCUGGGUCUGACCUGCUCACAAGAGUCGAAUAAUAUUCAUCAGGCGUUCGAAUCUCAGAAGGGCAUGGUGGUUGCUGCAACCUGUGAUGCGACAUCCACCAUGCUGCAACCUAAUGCCCUCCAAGUGGGCAAUGAUAACUAUCAGCUCCACAGGUUGCACGACCAAUCACAUCUAAACCCUUCAUCAGUCUACAUCUCGGAAUCAACCAGAUCCCCACCUUUCGCUUUCCCAUGUGGUAUCUUGAUCGAGGAUACUUUUAACCGAAAUUCCACGUUGAUUUUCGAGAGGCCAUAUGAAUCGGCAAUAUUUGCUGUAGUACAAGACGGAGAUAUUCCGGCACUUAUGGCUCUUCUAAGAAGCGGGAACGCAUCGAUUCAUGAUGUAGACCCCUAUGGUCUUGGGCUGCUCUACUAUGCGUCAUACUACUGCUGGAAAGCCCACGGCCCUGACAGAGCCAUGUAA